AGAUCAAAGUACAAAGGUUAGUUCGUUCAAAGCCCGCACCUGUUUUAUGUAAUGCUUGUGAAAUUUUCGUAGGUGCAUCUACAAGGAGUGCGAGGUGUAGUCAUGGCGUCUGCAGGUCUGUCAGGCGUGUUCGGCCCCGCUACGUUCUGCGCCGUGACGGGAGGGAGCCGGGGGCUGGGCCGGAGCAUCGCCGUGCAGCUGGCGGGGCGACUGGGGGAGGGCUCCCGCCUGGUGCUGACCGGCCGCUCGCUCCAGGGUCUACAGGAGACCAAACGGCAGGUGGAAGAGAAGAGCCGGAACCAGCUGGAGGUGAAGUUGGUGACGGGAGACAUGGAGGACACCACGGCCUACCCCGCACUGUUCUUCGACAUCCUAGCGGACGUUCAACCAGGUGCUUUUAAGAAUGCUCUGAUAAUCCACAACGCGGGAACCCUGGGCGACUUGAGAAAGAAGGCAGCGGAACAUUCUGAUGCUGAGAUUCUUAACAAGUACUACGCCACCAACCUGACGUCCGUCAUCGCUCUGACGGCCAAGUUCAUGCAGGUCUUCUCGGGCUCAGCCGUCAGACGAACUGUUGUAAACAUCAGUUCUGCAGCAGCCAUUGAACCUCUAGUCCACAACUCCCUGUACUGUAGCGGCAAGGCGGCCAGGAACAUGUUCUUCAAGGUGCUGGCUGAGGAGGAGCCCGAUGUGCGCGUGCUCAGCUACUCCCCGGGCCCGCUGGACACGGAGAUGUUACGGACAGUCAGGUCGUGCGGAGACAAACAGGUUGAAGACAGAUUUAAUGCUAUGGAGUCCAAAGGAAUGAUCUUGAGCCCGGACGAUUCUGCGAAGCACCUGCUCACCCUGCUGGAACAAGACAAGUUCAAGUCUGGCGCCUUCCUCGAUGUCUUUGAUCGCUUCUCACUGUGACUGUGAAAUAAUUUUUUUUGCUGUCCAUUUUCUGACAAGUUGUGACAAUCUUGACAAUCUAAAAAAAUGCAAGGUAGUGGAGGCAUUCGUUGUGUAAACGGUGAAGCAAAUUUCUGAGAAUUUUACCAAAAUUGCAGAGGUUGAAGAAACAUAACACAGUUGGUCCAUCACGGUUGUCCCAUAACUCGGACACUUAUACCCUCGGGCAAUGUAUCUCAUCAGCACUUCCAUUGGAUCACGGUAAUUAGCAUUGAUUUACAUUAACACAGAUAUCACAUACUAGUAAGUGACCAUUCGCAACAAUCAGCUCGUGAUUAAGACGAAGAUAAGUGGCCACUCAACUUGAUUAGAUACUGCCAUUAGAUUCGUCACAUGAUGUAUUCUUUCAAGUCACAGUGAAAGAGUUGAUUCGGUAACUCAUUUAGAUGCCAGUGCUGCAGUGAUUUUGUCAUCUGCACAGAGCAUUUCACGUUGUUUGACUUACUAGCACAUGUACUUUCAUCGCAGAAUUUGUUACGUCGUGAGUCUUUUGUUCUACUUCAUCGGGACUCGCUAGUCUACCGCUUGGAAGACCAUUGCAAGAAGUCGCGCUUCUCGCCAAUAACAUCAGAAACUUCACUGCAGAUUAUCUUGUACUUAUUGUGCAAAGAUAACACAGAUUCCAGACUGUUGCAGGGGCGUACACAGGCCAGCUCGUCGGCAACAGGACCAACCAUCCCCGCGAGGAAUUUUUCAUCACCCGGGGUUGGGCUUAGUUACCCAAGCGAGAUAUUCGUAGAAGUUUACAAUUCCAGUGCCAAAGAAACCCAGUCUACAGUUCUGGGAAAGAGAGUAGUGUAACCAUGCCCCGAAUGAUGCGGCGACGCAAGACUCUUGACGACACAAGACCAGGGAUGCCACCUCUGCCGAGAUCGAAACAACGAGUUAUUUCGAGAAGACUGCGGCCGGGCAAAGCAAAAGAACAUUUGAGACAUCCUUCCAUCUUCGUCAGGAGAAGAGAGGAGGACGAUGAUGGAGCCGACUGGGAGAGAGUUUACCUCUAUCUUCGGAGGGAAAGGGAAUAUUCACCAAGAAGACGCCGAUUCAUCCUACGGAGGAAUAGAGCCCGGCAGAACGCUAAUGCAAACGGGAAGACUUCGUGGAAGGACAUCAUGUUAACCUGCACGACGGUACUUGUCGUGGCGGUACUCGCCAUUUGUUUUCUUGCGACAACAAUGCUGCUUUCUCAGUCCAAGGCUGUUACCGACUUGUUGAGGUAGAUAUUCGCAUGUUUGUAAACUGUCAUUAUCGUUGUUAUUCACCGUCUUCGAAAGGAAAAUUAUGGUCUCUUUUUGUUGCUUGAACCCCCAAAUGUGUUCGAAAGCCUCCAGUAUCAGGGGAGCAUAGUACUGCAGUAUAUAACCAUUUAGUCAUCACAAUUAUCAGACUGUUAAUUACUUGUCACAAUGUUAAUUUUUACUCAACACUAAAAGAACUUUGGAUGGUGUGAAUGUUUCCGUAAUGAAACAAAGAAAUAGUUCAGUGAGCCUGUGUUUGUCAUUCUUAGUUGAGACUGUAUGCGCAUAACUCACACAUGUACACCCUCGCACACACGCAUGAUCGUGCACUAUAGCGGUUAUAUUUUAUGUUGCCAGACUCGGAAUUUUGGGGUCCUGAGUUCGAAUCCAAAUGGGACUUGUUCUGUGGCCUAUGCAUUCAAGCACAAUUUGCACCCAUAUAAUGUGGAUACAGGGGGAGAAUCUUCGAUAUUAAGUCACUGCCCUACUCUGCUGAGGCCAUGGAACCAGUAACCUUCAUGACACCAAGCCACUCACAGGUUUAUUUCUUACGAUUUAAUAAAAAAAUGUCCCCUUACAUUUGACUGUACAAGGCAUACCCAAGCCAUAUCAUGGCAAAUGCUGUUUAUGCCACCCCCUCUCUCUCUCUCCAUCACAAACACAUGUAGCAACUUAAUAUCCAACUAACCAAAUGUAAAUAUAAUAUAGAAAUUUGAGAACUUAGACAUCAAUACUCCCACUAGCAUUUGCAGCUACAACAUAAAACUCCACUUUCCUAGUGUUAUUGAAAGUGCACUGAUAACAUACAAACCAUGUAUAAGUUAAUGCAUUAAAAUAGAUAUCAAGUUGGUUACAUAUAGAACUCUGCUACAUGGAGUUCUAUGUAAGUUUGUUGUUGUACAUUAACUUGAUUGCAAAGCAAUGAAUAUAACUUACAAUGUUUAUGGCAACAAAUAUUUCAGCAUGACAGAGAUUAUUACUGUGAUGAAGGCUUUGCUACACUUACUUACACAUACAACAAACUUCUCAACACAAAAGAACAGCUUUUUGUGAAAACAGAUGGGCAGUUACAAUGCAUUACACGGAACACUACCUCACAUCACACAUUUUUUUCUUCCUCUUUCUUCCCACGUCUACCUAGCACCUGCAUUCUCCCAAUGGACAUGUUUACAAGUGGUAGUGAAACAAACCAUCAACACGUUAACUGAAACAUCAUGCACUCCCCAAAACAUGGCACUUUUCUGGAUAAAACAUUUCCUGGAUAAGUUCUUUGUACACCACCAGAUAAUUGAUACCUAGCCAACAUUUUGAUAUUUAUCUGUCAGAUAGAAGAAAACAUCGGGUAGAUGUUAACUCUCUGGUUGUGUAUAGAGAACUUCAUUCUCCAGUGAUUUACAAACCUGAUGAAACCAUUCUUAGAAUCAACAAUCCUUCACUGUUCAACCUGACAACUGUUCCCUGUACAUUACAAAAGAUUCUAAAUAGGACCUUACAUUCAUGUAAAAAAGGUUUAGCUGUAUUUCUAAAGACAGACAGUUAAAAUCUUCCUACACUGAAGUCUACUUCCUGGAGUCUGGUUGUGCCUUCAUGUAAUAUAGCAUAUCACAUCUGUUCUAAGCACAGGCUAUUAAAUAUCUUGCACCAGAAACUUACAAAAUCACAUUAGGUUCUUAUCUAGGAACAUGAUUUUCCACCUUAUAUCCUCCACUUAAUUACUCCAUUAAACAAAAAAUGUCAUGCCAACGUGACCUGAUGCUAUCCUGCUUACAAAGAUGACUUAUUAGUGACUAAGUUAUCCAAACAGACAACUCUAAACCCUUACAACAAAGUACAUGACUCCAUUCCCUAGUCAAGCACUAAUAGUAUACAAAUAUCACACAAGUACUAAGUACAGGAAGACAUACAAUGUAUAGUACUACACAACAACAUACCAAUUGAAAGGACUACAUUUGUAGAUGUUAUAAUACAUGUAGUAUGCUUCAACUCCUGUACAAUGUAUGUUAAGGUGAACUCUAUAGCUACUUGCAUUUUACCUUCUUUGUAGAACAUUUAAAUCAACUAUUACAGCAAAUAUACUUCAAGUUUGGGUAACUAAAAACAUGCAAUUUAGACAUGGCACUACUGUUGUUAAAACGCAGUUCUAAAAUCUGCUGCAGCCACCAAGGCUUAAGAUAUUUACAUAGUUUUGCACACAGUAUUGCUUCCUUCUUGGCGCUGGCAUCGCUAGAAAGGGUCUCAGUGCAAAUGGAAUCUUUGGUUUUCAUUCCUUUUUUUACAAUUCCAGAUCUUCAGUGCAUGAUACAAUGGCACGUUAUACUGAGUAUAAUAUGAUCUUUGAAUUCAUAACAAAUGAUUUGAUGAAUGAAUGGCUAGGAAAAAAGCCUCAAAGAUGGUUCUUUUAAAGACUGGAGGACAAUGUCUCCAUGUAAGUAUAAUUUAACUUUGACUAACCAGUGGGCUUUGAAUAUCUCCAAUUCUGCAAAGUUGAUGGCACUUUUUGUACAUCUGCCCACUGCACCAAGACUACAACAUAUGGCUUGGGUUAAAUCCCCCAAACAUUG